AUGGUCAGUGAAGCGAUUCCAGACCGGCCUCUGUCCAACACCGCGUCGGACUCGACCCGAUCCAAAGAUGUGGUCUUCCUCAAAGACUUGCUGCUCAAAACGUUCAUUGGAGUAGAUGCAUGGCAACGAAACGAGGCCCAGCCGGUGGAGGUGUCGAUGUGGAUGAAGACGAGUAUCGCCAAGUCCGGAGCCCUCGACCAUCUGCCCGACUCCAUCAACUAUGCAACCGUGUGUGAAGAAGUCACCAAACUCGUCGAAACCAACAAAUUCAACUCCCUGGAACAUAUCGCCGAUGCAAUCAGUACACGAAUCCUCACCAGUGGCUGCGGAGCCGCAUGGGCCAUGAUCAAGGUCAGCAAACCUCGUGCUCUGCUUCGGGCACAGUCUGCUACCAUCCAGAUCAUCCGCGAGCUCGACCCCUACACUGGAAAGAUUUCUACACCUGCAAACCAUACCGACGUCGUGAGCAUCAGUGGGCUGAAUAUCGUCACUAUUAUCGGUAUCAACGCCGGUGAGCGUAUCCACAGACAAAAUAUUACCAUUGAUCUCAUCCUCUACAAGCCCCAGAACUCGCCUGUGGGAUUUGACAAAGCCUACAACUUCAGAAAUGUGGUGGAUGUGGUGGUGGACCACGUGGAGGCCUCUGAGUACAAAACUGUCGAGGCUCUGGUCACGUCUGUGGCUGACGUUCUUUGCAGCAAGCUUGGAGUUGAAAAAGCUACUGUUACUGCGAAGAAACCCAGUGCUCUUACCUUUGCAAAGGCUGCGGGAGUUGAAAUCACCCGUUCCAAGGACCAGCUCAAGUCCGAAUACGUGCUUUCCAACGAAGACAAGCCCAAGGACGCUUCUUUGAAGCACGAAGUGUAUAUUGCAUUCGGAUCCAACGUGGGAAACCCCUUUUACAACAUCUCUGAGGCCAUUAAGGAACUCGAGAAGGCAGGAAUCGAAGUCAAGGAUGUGUCCCAUUACUACAUUUCCGAGCCCAUGUUUGUCCAGGACCAGCAGAGGUUCAUCAACGGUGUUCUGCGAGUGUUCACGUCUCUUGAACCCAUUGCCCUGCUUGAUGUGACUCAGAACAUUGAGUCCGAGAAGCUCAAGCGAGUCAAGGAGGUCGAGAAGGGUCCUCGUUCCAUUGAUCUCGACAUUAUUCUCUACGAUGAUCGAGUCUUCAAGCACCCCAGACUCACCAUUCCCCAUGCCGGUGUUAUUGACCGAAGCUUCGUGCUCAAACCUCUGUUGGACGUUCUUCCUAGCGAUCGACUUCAUCCCGUGACCAUGAAGUCGUUCAAGGAGCAUCUGGGUCUUCUUCCCAAGAGCUCCAACGUGCAAAAGUCGUCUGAUCUCAACGAGGUUGUUCCUGUUGGCUCUCUUGAGUCGGAAACUGGCCGGUUCCUGGAGUUUGACAUUGAGCAACGAAAGAACAGACCCACCCAGCUCAUGGGGAUCAUGAACAUCACGCCUGACUCGUUUUCUGAUGGUGGAAAGUUCACUGUGGAAAACGCAGUUGAAGAAGCUAAGCGAAUGGUGGCUGAGGGAGCCGAUAUCAUUGACAUUGGUGGCCAGAGCACACGCCCUGGAGCCGACACUGUCAGCGUGGAGGAGGAGCUGAAGCGGGUUAUUCCUGUUGUCGAAAAGAUCAGAUCGUGCGAGGAGCUCAAGAAUGUGAUUCUCUCUAUCGACUCCUUCUACAGCCAAGUAGCUGAAGAAGCCAUCAAGGCCGGCGCCGAUAUCAUCAACGACGUGACCGCUGGUUGUUACGAUGCUCAAAUGCUUCCCACCGUGGCCAAGCUCGGUGUCCCCAUCAUCCUGAACCACAGCAGAGAAGACGUUAAGAACAACACAUACACGCUCGCUGCCAACGAAAAAUCAACCCACGUGAACAUCACCGAGGAGGAGGAGUUUGUGGCUGUUUUGGCGCGUGAAAUGCAGGAAAUUGUCAAGAAGGCUCGUGACUCGGGUCUGCGAAGCCACCAGAUCAUCCUUGACCCAGGUGUCGGUUUCGCCAAGAACCUGAAACAGAAUCUGUGGACGCUCAAGAACCAGGAAGUCAUUCGGACCAAGGGCAACCUCAACAACUACGCCUGGCUCAUUGGAACCAGCCGAAAGAAGUUUAUCGGAACAAUUACCGACCAGGAGGUUGCGGCUGACCGACUUCUCGGCACGGCUGCCACCGUCACUGCAGCUAUUCAGCAGGGCGCCGACAUUGUUCGAGUCCAUGACGUCAAGGACAUCAAGCAGACCAUCAAAAUGUCCGACGCCAUUUACAAGCAGCUUUACUAG